CGAUUCCAAUAUCUUCCUUUCAUAUUGAAACACUCAUACGGUGCUCCUUCGACUGUCGCUAUGAAUGCGCUGAGGCAUCUCUACUUGACAGGCGAACACAGUGACAUGACCAUUAUAUGUUGCGAGCGAAAAUGGAGAGUUCACAAGUGUAUCAUGAGCGCAAGUUCAGGCUACUUCAAACGACUGUGUAGCUCCACUCACUGGAAAGAGACCAAAGAUGGCAUCAUCACACUGGAGGGCGUCAAAGAUUCUGACGACCAGGAAGACUUCACUCUAGACCAACCUGACAUGGUUGAGGCGAUGCUACAAUUCAUCUAUACGGGAAGCUAUCGUGUGAAAGAAUCAGCACAGGGAAUCCAACCCAAAAUUGGAGAGGCGCCCAUGCCGACGAUAUCACACACGCGCGCGACAGAGCAUGAUUUUUCCAGUCAUGCAAGGUUGUUUUCUAUAGCUUGCAAAUAUGACAUUCCCUGCUUGCGUGAUCAAGCUGUUGCUGCAUACAAUGCUUCGAUCAUAUUCACGAAAGUCGUGCUGGACACAGAUUUGGCAAAAGCCAUCUUGAUCGCGUUCGGGACAGGCAGUGAUGCUGAAUGCCAGAUGAGAGACUGUGUUUUCAACACGCUUGUAUCGCGUGUCCGGAGUGCAAUGAAAAGCAACAUUGUUGUUGCUGCCAUUGAGAAGUCGGAUGGGGUUGCGUUAAGGCUCGUCAAAGCAUUGGUCGAUCAAAUGCCGGGGCCUUGAUUAGCUCGAGGCUAUCUUCUGCGCAGCGGCUCCAUUGCAGCUUGUUUCUGCCGUGGCCUUUGAGGAUCCAGUGACAUCCAUGAAAUCAUCAUUUUUUGGUGGGAAUUGUCAACAGGCCGAUCAAUGAUUGCUAAGCAGUCGCAUACUUGUUAUAACACUAUUCAAGGU